AUGUGGGAGGUACUGAAGGAGGCAAAGGUCAAGAAGAAGGAUCUGAGUGUAGUAUGGCUUGACCUGGCUAACGCUUACGGAGCGGUACCCCAUGUUCUGAUUGCCAGGGCCCUCCGUUUCUACAACGUCCCUGAGAAGGUUAUCAACAUUAUCCUACGGUACUUCUCCGGGGUAUUCGGAAGGUUCUCCUCAAGAACGGUGACAUCAGACUGGCAGCAGUUUGAGAUAGGAAUCUUCAUGGGGUGUGUGAUAUCAGUCAUCUUGUUUGUCUUGUGCAUGAACCUUGGGCAUGAACACCUAAAGUCGAAGGUUCCGAGAAGCAUUGAGUACAUCAAGGAUGACACACCAAUACCAACUCUGAAGCUGUUUAUGGACGAUAGCUGUCUGACCACCGCACGUGCAGAAGAUAUGCAAACGUUACUCAAUGUGUUUCAGAAGUAUGUGGACUGGUCCAGAUUUAAGUUAAAGUCCUCCAAGUCCAGAGCACUGGUGUUGAAGAAGGGAGUGGCUGUGAGGUGGGUUGAGGAGGUAGUGGUAGGAGAGGAGGAGGUGGAGAGAGAGUUGUGUUUGCAGUUGGGUGGUGAGGUGAUUCCGAAUGUGUCAGAGAAGCCGAUAAAAUUCCUUGGGAGAUGGAUAAGAGUGGAAGGAAAUGACAAAUCAGUCAUCGACUCAACCAAGGUCGACCUUAACACUUUUCUUCGGAGACUCGAUGAAAGUUCCCUUACUGGACUCCAGAAGUGCUGGGGAUAUCAGUACAUGGUCCUUCCAAAACUGAAGUGGCCUCUUGCCAUCUAUGAUAUUCCGUUCACAACAGUUACCAGAUGGGAACAGAAUACCAACAGUUUCCUCAGAAAGUGGUUAGGGGUGGGGCACACUCUUAGUGGUCUUUGUCUGUUCAGUCAAUCAUCCAGUGUGGCCUUACCGGUGAGCAGCUUGACAGAUACAUGGAAGAUACAGAAGUGUCGACUGUUGCAAUCUUAUCAGACAUCUAAGGAUGACCUGAUUAAAGCAGUCCAGCCCCAAGUUCGUUCUGGUAGAGUUUGGAGGCCUGAGACAGAACUGGAAGAGGCCAGAAGAGAUUUGGUCUGUGAAUCGGUGCGAGGGAUGGUGCAACCUCAAAAAAGAGUUGGCAUCGGUUUUGGUGACUGGAAAAAACCUUGGGAGAGGAUGGAUGAGCGGGAAAGAGAGAGGGAGGUUAUGCUGAGAGUGAAGGAGAACAUUGAAAGAGAGAGGGAGGUGCAAGUAGGUUCUCUGGAGAUGCAGAGCAGGUGGGGUGAGUGGAGAGAGCUCGUAAUGAAGACGGAUUUGAGCUGGCAUACACUUUUUAAGUAUGGUGACUCACUUAUUGGGUUCAUGCUAAGUGCUGUGUACGGCACCCUCUUAACCCCCUCUAUGGUUUCCAAGUGGAGUGAAGAUGAGGAUGGGAAGUGCAAGUUAUGUGAGGAGAGGAUGGGCACCAUUCAGCACAUUUUGGCUGGGUGUAAGGUGGCCCUUAGUCAAGGAAGGUAUAGAUGGCGGCACGACAAGGUUCUGAAGCAGAUCUCUGAACAGGUUGUCUUCCAUUGUGAUCGCCGAGUGAACACUUAUAAGAACAAGGCCGGCAAUGGAAGACAGUUCAUUGAUUUUGUUCCUGCUGGGAGGAGAAAAGCAGGUACAGACGACCGGAAGGAGAGUCGUGGUUUUGGGAUCCUGAGUGGGUAUCGGGAUUGGAUAGUGCUGUCAGACCUUGAUGGGCAGCUUAAGUUUCCCAGUGAGAUUGUGGAAACACGGCUGAGGCCGGACCUUGUGAUAUUCUCAAGGUCGGCAAAGACAGUUAUUUGGUGGGAGCUAACAGUACCAUCUGAAGAGCGGAUCGCUGAAUCGCACGAGUACAAACUCGACCGAUACAGUGGUCUGCAGGCUGAGAUUCAGGCGAAAGGUUGGUGCUGUUAUAAUGCCGCAGUCGAAGUUGGAGCUAGGGGAGUGGUUGCGCAGAGUUUGGAGAGAGCUGCGAGGAGGAUUGGUUUUAGAGGAAGAGAGCUGAAGAAGCUGGUACGGGACAGUGGGAAAGAGGCAGCCCACUGUUCCAGAUGGAUUUACUUGUUAUCGAGAAAGAGGGAGUGGGAGUUCAGGAAGGUUGGAGCUUGA